UGUGGACGGAAGACUUGUAUAAGUUGUAUGGUGCUUUUAAAUAUCUAAUAUCUCAACCUUGUAAACUUCACAUCCCUCUUCAGUUUUCUUCUUCACAGCCCUCUUCAGUUUUCGUCUUCUUCUCUCUAACCCCCCCACAAACGAUGGUUUCCAAGUUCAAGAGGCCCUGCAACUUGAUCGAGCCAGCUGCCCAUAAGCUGGGCAUCAGUGAUAAAACCAGCCAUGGGAGCUCAGUGGCUGUUGGAUUGGGAAUCCUUGUACAGAAUUCACAAAGAAAUAAGACAAAUAUCAUUGAGAAAUCUGCAUUAAGACUGAGCCAAUCCACAACCUGCAGCUCCCUCGAGCAAUUCUCUUGCUUUCUUAAAACAUGUCACUUAUGCAACAAGGGAUUAAGCCUUGAUAGAGAGGUCUACAUGUACAGAGGUGAUCUAGGUUUUUGCAGCAUAGAGUGCAGGAACAGACAGAUUGUUAUUGAUGACAUGAAGGAAUUAGAGGCUUCUACCAAGCAAAUGAUAACAUCCUAUAGGCGUGGCCUAUAUCGUUGCAGCCUUACUAAGAGUAGUAAUGCUAACACUAGUAGGCGUGGCUCUCGCAACACUAAUGUUUUUGAAGAUGUACAUCUGCAACAGGAGAAAACCAGACAUCAAAGAAAGAUAUUUGUACUUUAGACAUAUGCAUAUAUAUAUAUAUAUAUAUAGUUUAAUUUCUCUUUUGAUCUUUUUCAUUCUCUUGUUAAUUGACACUGCAAAAAAGCAAAGCAGGAGAAAAAUUAAUGGAAUGAGUGGUAAUUGGAUUGUUAUCAUCUUAACUUUGUUAUAGAACAAGAUAGAGGUUAAUUUUUUAACCCAAAAAAGGAGGAAGAUAAAGAUGAAUUAUUAUAAAUUUUGAGGGCAGUUUCUUGAUUUGGAUCCCUUUCUAUU